AUGUCGACCGCUAGAGCUUCCAUCGCGGCCACCCCGUCCCCGCAACCACCCCAGCAACCACAACAACAACCACAACAACAACCACAACAGCAACAACAACAUCAUCCCGUCGCAUACAGCUCGCCGAGCUACUUUCCCCAGCAACAACAUCAACAACAACAACAGCGACCGCAGCCACAGCCGCAGUCGCAACAACCACAACCACAACCACAACAACAACAACAGGAGUUUCGCACAGCGCCCGUCGAUCCCGACGCGCCGCCCAACGCGGCCGCCAAUUCGCAACACUACACAAACCACAUUAUUGCUCCCGUCGCUACCCGGCCCACGCGAUUCACCGAAGAGUGGGACAUCAGCCAGCGCGGCAGCUCUAUCAUUCUUGACGGUCCCGCGGUCUCUGGUAGCGGCAUUGGCGCUAGCGGCGGCAGCAGCGGAGCCGUCGCAAACAACAACCUGAACAAUAACAACACCAACAACAACACUAUGUCGCAAUCGCGACCAGCUUCGUAUGUCGGCCCCUCGGGUACCGGCGGCGGCAUUGCCUCAAGCGCAAGCGCGACAACUGGGGGUAGCAUCGGAGGAGGUGAUGUCGCCUCGGCGGCGACUGCUCUUUCGCGCAGCAAUACGCUCAAGAAGAGGGCGUCACUGCGGAGGAGCGUGAGCCUCAGGCGCAGCGGCAGUCGCCGGAGCAUGAAGGCUGGGAGCGUUAGGAGCCUGGCCCUACAGCCGGCCGCCGACCAUGAUGAGGAGCUGAUGCAUAGUGCUUUCUAUUGCCCGGUGCCGACGAACGGGAACCCUACUGAGGUACUUGCGAAUCGAUUCCAGGCUUGGCGCAAGAUCCUCAAGGAUCUGAUCGCAUACUUCCGAGAGGUUCAGUCGCAUUACGAGCAGCGGGCAAAAUCCCUGUCAAAGCUGUCAACCGUGUUGAACAACAUCGGUACUCCGCCGGGGUUCCUUAGCGAAGGUGGCAUCGAUGACGCUCUGCAAAUCCUGCGCAACUUCAGCAAGCAGGCCGUCACCGAAGCGACUAAGGCAAAGGAGAUCGAGGAGGACGUGAUCCUGGCCCUCAUCGGCUUACGCAACGAUCUCCACGCGAAGAUCAAGGAGAUUAAGGGGCUGGCUGGCGACUUUAAGAAUUCGGUCGAGAAGGAGAUGGAUAGCACCAGGAAGGCCGUCAAUCAGCUUCAAGAGGUCCUUGGUCAGGCCGAGCUUGACCCGUCAUUGACCACAGGCAAGCAAGAUCCGUAUCUUUUGAGGUUGGCGGUUGAUCGGCAGCUCGAGCGGCAAAUCGAUGAGGAAAAUUACCUCCAUCAAGCCUACCUGAACCUAGAAAAUUCCGGAAGGGAGCUUGAGUCCAUCGUUGUGGGCGAGAUUCAAAAAGCGUACAAUGCGUAUGCGGGUAUUCUCAAGCGUGAGGCGGAUAACGCCUACAAUGCGGUCGAAGAGCUCCGAAUGGGCCCAAUUUCCAUGCCUAAGGAUAAGGAAUGGAACGACCUUAUUCGGCGGGAUGACCGGUUCGUUGACCCGGAGGUUCCUAUGCGCUCCGCUGAGUUCAUCCAUUACCCCGGCCGCGAUCAUUAUGCCUGCCAGGAAAUCCGCGCGGGGCUCUUGGAGCGCAAGAGCAAGUACUUGAAGAGCUACACACCGGGGUGGUAUGUCCUCUCUCCAACUCAUCUCCAUGAGUUUAAAUCCGCCGAUAAGACUCAAGCGCCGGUUAUGUCACUCUAUCUGCCCGAGCAGAAGCUCGGCUCGCACUCCGAGGAAGGAAGCAGUUCCAACAAGUUCAUCCUCAAGGGCCGGCAGACCGGCCACAUGCACCGUGGUCACACCUGGGUUUUCCGUGCCGAGAGCCACGACACCAUGAUGGCUUGGUACGAGGACAUCAAAGCUCUCACUGAACGCACCCCUGAGGAGCGCAACAACCUGAUGCGCAAUGGCGGCGGCACGUCGUCGCGAAGUGUUAGUCGCUCGUCGCAGCGCUCGGCCACCAGUAGCGAUGGAGGUGUCGUGGACGACGACGAUGAUGAUGACCAGGAACCACCGUUUAGCAGUGGCGCAGUUAUCGGACAGCAGCAGGGUCAACAGUCACAACAGCAACAGCCGAGACAGCAGCGGCCGGCUGCUGCCGGACGGUUCCCGUCGGAUAUUCAAAUCAAUCUGCAGCGGGCGAUGCAGGCGCCGCCUAUCUCGUCGCCGUUGAGCGCGCAUUCGGGAUAUGACGAGGUCUUUGGCGGGCAUGAGUAUGCUACGGCCAAUGAACGGCUUGGGGACGUGCAGCAAACUCAGCAUCUUCAUGGACAGCAACAACAGCGCGAUGGCGGUUAUGUGCCCGCGCAGGUCGUCACGGAUGGCCAUGAUGUAUCAUCUCCUUGGGCGAGAGCCGUUCCUGCGGCGGUGCCCAUGACCCCAAGUCCCAUGCCGCAUGGGAAUGUUUAUCACCAACAGCUGACGUCUUCGCCACCGCAUGGCGGCGGCAGCAUUGGCGAUGUUUACAGCCCUCCUAUUUCACAUCUGCAGGUUAAAGCCCACAAUACGGGUACUAGCAACCUUUCUCAGAUGACAAACGGUGGUGGUGGUGGUGGUGGUGGUGGUGGUGGUAGUAGUAGUAGUGGAGGAGGGAUUCUCGGUCAAGACCCCAGCAGUUCUCGGGCUGCUGCGUAUGAUUCAGGCGGACAGGUUCAGCAACGGGCUGGGAUAGUCGCUGUUGCGGAUGACCCCAACAAUGUGGUGCCUGCUAUUGGGUCAUCUCCCCCAGUCCAGAGUGGUCCUCUUAACAGAACGAACAGCAUCCCUUUGCAUAUACCGGGGGAGUAUCCGAAGUAA